AUGGAAGAGACACCAACGGGACAUGGAAGGGACACCCAAUUGGGUGUCCCUUGCAAGGGACACCAAAGGGACACCCAAGGAACGCCCAAGGGGCACCCAAGGGACACCCAAGGGGCACGGGAGGGAUACCCAAGGGGCACGGGAGGGAUACCCAAGGGGCACGGGAGGGAUACCCAAGGGCACCAAAGGGACACGCGGAAGAGACACGCGGAAGCGACACCCAAGGGACACCCAAAAGACAGGGCAGAGACACCAAAGGGACAUGGAAGAGACACCAGAGGGACACCAAAGGACACGUGGAAGGGACACCCAAGGGACACCCAAGGGACAUGGGAGGUACACUGUAAGGGAUAA